AUGCCCAAGAAAGUCAUGUUCGAUACCCCCAAGGAAUUCUUGGUCAAUGACGAAAAAUUGACCGAGGAACAACUCGAUAAGCAAGUCAAUCCCUACUUGGUGUCGUCAAAAUUGGCCAACCCGUUAGCCAAAAUCGCCCCAUCUCCAAAAGAACUCGCGCAAGAUAUCGGCCAAACCCCAAAACUCGUAAGGGUUGGCCGUCCUUUGCGUCAUGUUAAACACAAGCCUACCAAGGAAAUCACCUUUGUCAACAACCAAAUCUUCCCAAAAGGUGCCAAUUACAGCAAGAUCAAAUUCCCUUUGAAACCAAACACCAUGAUCAUCCACGUCAAAUAUUUCGCCAUCAACCCCAUUGAUAUCAAGAUUUGGAAUUAUUACACCGCCGAUUUAACCGGGGCCAACAAAGGGUUUGGUAGAGAAUUCUCUGGCGAAGUUUACCAAGUCGCCGAUAACAUGGACGGCUCGUUAUCGUACAACCCUAAUGCCAAAGAUUUCAAGCCAGGCGACCACGUUUGUGGAUUAUACUACCAUUUAUUUGCCAAAGGAUGUUCAGCCUCCCACAUUCUUGUCGAUUUGACUAAAGACCCAAUUGCCUUGAUCGAUCAAGUCACUUAUAACAUUUUCAACGACCAAAAACUUGCCGGAUGGUGUUACAAUUUCUUGACCGCGUUCCAAGUGCUCAAUUCCAUCACUGCUGGCGGAUUGAAUUCUGAAUCGACAAUUCUUAUCAAUGGGGCCCUGACCUCCACCGGGUUAAUGACAAUGCAGAUCCUCAAGAACUAUUUCCACGUUUCGAACAUUGUGGGGAUUUGUUCAGGCACCGCGGCCCCAUUGGCGCAAAAAUGUGGGGCUUCAGUGAUUGUCGAUUAUAAAAAAGAAGCCGACGUUAUCAAAUCCCUUGCGGAAUUGCUCAGUAAUGGGAAGAAAACCAUCUUGGACAGAUUUGGUAAUGAAAUUGAAGUGUUGUACCCAGAUAAGAAGUUUGAUUUGGUGAUUGAUUUCCUUGGUGGGGAAAAAAUCUUGAAGGCCAAUAAGCAAUUGAUGAAUGAAAAGACUUCGACUUAUUUGACGAUCGUUGGGCCGAAAAAAGCCGAUUAUAAAAGUAAAAACUUUGUGUGGAAAAACGAUAGUCUUAGUGUGUUGGGUAAUUAUGUUCCUUGGGGUGGUCCAGGAGUGUAUUAUAAGUAUGUGGCGUUCAAUAAUGGUGAUGUCAAAGGGAUGAAUAAGUUAUUGAGAACUGGGGUGGAAAUGAUCAAGCAGGGGCAAAUGGUAGUGGAAAUUAAUAGUGUGUUUGAUUUCAAUCAUAUUAAUAAAGCCAUGGAUAAGGUUAAGACUCAGCAUGCGUUGGGGAAAGUUCUUAUUGAAUGUGAGGAUUUUUAG